CUCAAGGAAGGGAGCGCGGAAUGCGCCGGCGCGUAGUCCAGGACGCCAGGCCGAGGGUUUUGCUAGGGAACUGACUGUUGUUGCCCCGCCCCCUCGGGGCUUUUUGUCUCGUUAACUGUCGCAGUGGCGGGGGCUCCAGCGCCGGGCGACAUGCCGGUGCGCUUCAAGGGGCUGAGUGAAUACCAGAGGAACUUUCUGUGGAAAAAGUCAUAUUUGUCAGAGUCCUGUAAUUCCUCAGUGGGGCGAAGGUACCCAUGGGCUGGACUUAGAUCAGAUCAGUUAGGAAUCACAAAAGAGCCAAGUUUUAUUUCAAAAAGAAGAGUCCCUUACCAUGAUCCACAGAUUUCAAAAUAUCUUGAGUGGAACGGAGCUAUCUCAGAGAAUGAUGUGGUUGUAUCACCGGAACCUGAAGCCCCAGAAUCAACAGAAGCACCAGAAUCACAAGAGGCAGAACAAACAGAUGUUAACCAAGAAAGAGUCCUUGCACUAGAAGCCUCCAGGGUGCCCAAGAGAACCAGAUCUCACUCUGCAGACUCCAGAGCUGAAGGAGCUUCAGAUAUUGCGGAAAAUAAUAAGGAUGUAAUAGCAAACAAUAUACCAGUUAAUGAAAAUGUGGAACUGGAACAUUCUGCCAAGCUUCUCUCAGGAAACGUAGAUAAUAAGUUGGAUAGACUUCUGCAGAAGAAAGCUGGAUUGACUGUUGUUCCUUCACAUAAUGUCUUGAGAAAUUCUGAAUACCAAAGGCAGUUUGUUUGGAAAACCCCUAAAGAAACUGCUCCAGUUUUUGCAGCCAAUCAGGUUUUCCACAAUAAAAGCAAAUUUGUUCCACAAUUCAAAGGUAACUCAAUCAUCCAUGAAACUGAAUAUAAAAGAAAUUUCAAGGGUUUAUCUCCAGCGAAAGAACCAAAAUUAAGAAAUGGUUUGAAAGAGAACGGACAUUUUGAAACAAUAUCUCCUGAAAAGAAGUGUAAUAAGAUAGAUGAUCCUUUAAAAUUAGAAGCAGAGAUGGAAUCAAAAGACUUAAACCAGCCUAAAAAGAAGCUCACUUCAUGGAGACAUCAAAGGCUUGGGAAGGUGAAUUCUGAAUAUAGAGCAAAGUUUCUGAGCCCAGCCCAGUAUUUAUAUAAAGCUGGGGCUUGGACACAUGUGAAGGAAAACAUACCAAAUCAGGGUUCUCUAAAUGCCAUGUGGUAUGCGGAGGUUAAAGAACUCCGAGAGAAGGCUGAGUUUUAUAGGAAACGAGUUCAGGGAACACAUUUUUCUCGGGACCAUCUGAAUCAGAUUCUGUCUGAUAAAAACUUCUGUUGGGAUGUCUCCUCCACCACAAGCUCAGAAGGAACCAUUAGUAGCAACAUUAGAGCAUUGGAUCUUGCUGGAGAUCCUACAAGCCAUAAGACUUUGCAGAAAUGUCCUACAAAACUAGAAGAAAAAAGACCAGUCUUGGAAGAACAGCUCCAGAAAAAUACCACAGAGAACUUGGGCGUGUCAGAUGCUCCCAUCAUACCUGUUAGGAGGCGUCUGGCUUGGGAUGCAGAGAACACCAAUGAAGACAUACAGAAACCGCCAAAGGAAGAAGAAGAGGAAAGGGAAGAGGAAAGGGAAAAGGACAGACAGGUUUAUGUGGGAGAGUUAGAGAAGUUGGAAGUACAUGAAAAAUCUAAGGCAGACAAGAUAAAAGAAGGGUCGGAUUCUUCUUCUGUAUCCUCAGGAAAAGGAGGCAGGCUUCCCACUCCGAAGCUGAGAGAACGUGGUGGAAUCCAAAGGACUCAUCAUGAUCUUACCACUCCAGCUGUUGGUGGUGCUGUUUUAGUGUCUCCCUCUAAAGUGAAGCCUCCGGUCCCAGAACAGAGGAAAAGAAUGUCCUCUCAGGAUGGUUUAGAAACUUCAAAGAGUGAUUUUAGAAAGAAAGAAAGUCGUGCUGUAGCUCUCCUGACUUCUCCAGCUGCUGGUAUAAAAACAAUUGAUCCCCUACCUUUGAGGGAAGAUUCUGAAACCAAUAACCCCAAAUUUGCUGAGGCAACUCUUCCAGUUUCAAAAAUUCCAGAAUAUUCAACAAACACUCCUGUACAGUCUCCUUCUCCACCCUGUCCUUCUUCCUACUGGCAUCCCUCUCGCCGAAUUCAGGGCUCUCUGAGAGAUCCAGAAUUUCAGCAUAAUGUGGGAAAAGCAAAGAAGAACAAUUUCCAGUUACCUCAGCAUGAAGCCUUUAAUGACGAAGGACAAGACAGUAUGAUGAUGAAGUAUUUCCAAGUAAUACUGAACUCAUGAGCUGUGUGUUGAGAUGAGGACAGAUUAUCUGAGAUUUCUGCUCGCUCUGCAGCUUCUAGUCUCCGAGCUUUUCAAACUCUGGCACGAGCUCAGAAAAGGAAGGAGAAUUUCUGGGGCAAAACAUAAUUAAAGAUAAACCUAGUUGAGUUGCUUUUAUCUAGGGAACCUUUGGCACAGUUUUUCUUUAUUGCUUUACUCUGUUAAGACUUUUCAAGUUUUGGAUUUUUUUCUAACGUUUCUUAUUAAAAAGAAUUAUUUGAUUUUCAAUAGCUAAUUUAGUUUACUUGGAAAAUUUUAACACAGGUUCAUACAAAUUUAACUUUUAAAUAAUUCUUUUUACAUUCAUCCCAAAGUAGAAAGACUUAGACUAUGUAGUUCUUCACAUGUUCUACCUUUGUAUUAGGUGUCAGGGAUAGCUGGUAGAAUUGCGAAUUUCACCUGUCCAGAGAAUAUUCUAAAAAGUGAGGAAAGUGAAGUAAACAUUAAGAUCCAAGUGAGAAGUAUAUAUUUCCCUAAAAUUGGUUCUAUGUAGCUUUAUAAUUGUAGAUAUCAUAAAAUGAACUUUUUGUUCCUUUAACUUUUUCUUUAGUGUUUUUUUUAGUACCUUCUGUAUGUGAUUACAGUGUUAAGAUAAUUUUAUUUUAGAUCGAAAAUGCCAGCUGUAUAUAUUUUUAUUAUUUAUGUGACAAAGUUUGCUGAGAGAAUAUGUAUUUUUUGAUCUUUGUGUGUAUUCUAUUUGUAUAAGGACUGGCUUAUAUUUGAAUAAUGUCGAAAUUUCAAAAAAUUAUUUGUAUAAUGGAGAACUAAAACUUUGUAGUUUUAUUUUAUUUCAAAA